AUGACAGUGUUAAUGUUGAUAUGGAUGAGCUACGGACCGAUAUCAAUAGCUUUGAGUGUGGUUAUUUUUUGCAUUUUGGCAGUUAGCCUCAAAUUCAAGUCCAUCUUUUACCGAAUUGUACAAUUUGAUAUUUUAAUGAACACCGUUUUCUAUGUGAAUUGUAUUACGUAUAAACUAAAGACAAUUGAAGAAUAUCAUCGGGUCCUUUUACUGAUAUUUGAAAGUUAUCCGUCUUUAUUCAUUCUGCGUGAAGGUCUAUCUUUUUGGGCGUAUCGAUUUCAAUGUUCCAGUCUUUUACUGAAAUGCAUUUUUAGAUUCACAUAUGCUAAAUAUCCGUUUGCCGCUGAAAUUUGGAAAAAGCACUAUCGGCUUAUUAUGGUUUCUACAAUUUUCUAUAGCAUACUCUUAACAAUUCCGUUUGUUUUUAUCACAAAGGAACAUCAUGGAUUUGACUAUUACGCAUUUACAAUGAAUAUUGAAACUGUAAUCUAUUUACUAUUGACCAUUUACUUGGGCCGCCUAACAAAACUAUCACUAAAGAAGCGAUCAAAGCGGUUUGCGGAAAGUAUCAAAAAAUUGAAUAACUACAUUUAUUGUGACUUAUUUAUUCACGGAGUUGCAUUCUUCGGUGUCAUGAUUCCAAAGAUGUUAUCUUUCGAAUGGACUGAAGAAACUAAAGAUUACAUUCUUACAUUUACCGUAGACGCUAUUAAUUUAGCUUCAACCUAUAUAAUUAUCAUAUGUGACUCAAAUCUUCGAAAAAUUUUGUUUUGUCACACAAAAAAGUUAACCACAAGUGUAUUUCAAGUCAGUGCAGUUCCCGUAUCCAAGUUAAUUGUCAGCCCCCAAUGA